ACGCGCCCCUUACUCCACUACAGUAGGGGUUGGCUAUCAGUGAAGUUGGGACGCUGCUAUAAACAUUCGGCUCUAGAUUUAGAAUAAACUGUGGAUAAAUGUUUCUGCUCGCCAAAACCUAUAUCUCGAGUUAAAAUAUCGUUGGUUGUCGUCGUCUGAACUGCAAACGUUAGCUUAGUAUCGUCGGUAGCGACUGUUUGUACCGUUGUUCCCGAAAACACCAAGCAGAAUGGAUCCUGAAGGUAGCCCACACAGUGCAGAUGAAGAGACCGCCACCCCAGACCAGAUCCCCAAAUACCAGAGGAGUAUGAGGAGCCUUCAUAUGCUCGCCACGAAGUUUCUGGUCUUGUUACAAGAAGCUGAUGGCGGUGUGCUGGACCUCAAAGACGCUGUCAAGCUCCUGGCUGUCGCACAGAAAAGGCGAAUCUAUGACAUCACAAAUGUGCUGGAGGGUGUUGGUCUCAUUGUGAAAAUCUCCAAGAGCGUUGUGAAGUGGAAGGGUGCGGUGCCAGGAGAAACUGCACACAUGUUAACCAACAGAGUGAUGGAGUUGAGGGCUGAGCUGAAAGACUUGGAGCAGAAGGAGUGUAUGUUGGACCAGCAGAGAUUCUGGGUAGAACAGAGCAUCAGGAACACAAGGGAGGACUGCAGUGAUCUGACCUAUGUGAAUCAUGACGACAUCUGCAACUGCUUCAGUGGCCAUACUCUCUUGGCAGUACGAGCACCGCCUGGCACACAGCUAGAUGUUCCCAUUCCCAAAGCUGUUCAGGACAGCCCAGCAAAGUACCAGAUCCAUCUAAAAAGUAUUAAUGGACCGAUUGAUGUCGUACUUCUUAACAAACUCUCUGUCAGCUCUGUUCCUGUCGUACUGCCUGUCCCACCACCUGAAGAACUUUUACGGAACGCCAAACCAGUCAUACCCACUUUAGAUGAGACUGGAAGCAGUAUCGCACCUUGUCAGGUUUCAGCUGACACCGGACAUGGCACCAAAUCUACAAUGUCUGCCAUGGAGGACAUGCAGCACCUUCAGUCAUCGUCAUUAAAAAACAGACCGGAUUCAUCUAAAUCACAAGCUUUAUCAAAACAACUGCAGGAGCUACUACGCCCAACCAAAGAAAUGAUAAGUGCAGAUCGAAUCAGAGAGCUUAUUGCCUCUGAAGUUUUUUCUCCGCUCGUCCGUCUGUCUCCACCCCCAUCGGAACAUGAAUAUGCCUACAAUCUGGACGACAGUGAAGGCCUCUGUGACCUCUUUGAUGUCCCGAUGGUCAAUGUUUGACCGUGACCUCCUGCAUUAAGGACUUCAAAAGUAAAUAUUUUACUCCAGAAAUGUACAUAGCUGUCUGUUUUUAAAUAGGUAUUUGAUUGCAACAAAUAAUAAACGAAUGAUUUUGAAUACCA